UCAUCGAUCACAAAACAUUCAGCACUUACUGAACAAAGUAACACAUUCUCAUUGAUAACUGGGUCUUCAUCAGGCACCAAGACAAAUACAACGCAAAUAUCUUCAACAACGGAAACUUCAUCAGAAUUGUCCCCUGCACCAAUACAUGGGUCAUUUGUAACACUGAAUUCAUCAGAAAACACUCUAACCACAAUGAAAUCAUCCUCAGUCACAUCAGCCUCAUCAGAAAACCAUCCGUCAGCACAGAGUGUAUCAACGAAUUCAUCAAUAUCAGAAAACAAUCCCACAACAGCACAAGUUACAUCCAUUUCGGAAUUGCAUCCAAUAGUGACACAAGUCUCAUCAAUAACUGAGUCUCCAUCAGAAACCAGUCAGGGAUCAUCACAAGUAGCCUCAACAGUCUCAUUGGUAACUGGGUCUUUACCGGGCAGCCACUCAACAGUGACACAAUUUUCAUCAUCAACAGAGCCUGCAACUGAAUUAUCCCCUGCAUCAACACAAGCGUCAGCAGUAACAGUGAAUUCAUCAGCAACCCAUCCAACCACAGUGAAAGAAUCAACUACACCGGCCUCAUCAGAAACCUAUCCGUCCCCACAGAGUACAUCAAUAAAUUCUUCAACAUUCGAAAACAACUCAACAACAGCACAGGUGUCACCCAUAACUGGGUCUUCUUCAGAAUCCUUUCCAAAAGUAACAGAACCUUCAUCAAGCAUUGAAACCCCAAAACAGACCAGUCAGGGAUCAUUACAGAAAACCUCUUCAGGACAAUCUUCAUCGGCAUCACAUCCAGCAAACACCCCAGUAACACUGAUGACACAAUCAUCAUCACAAUCUCAGCCAACAAUCUUGCAACUAUCAUCCAGCACUGAGUACUCACCAGAAGCCACUUCAAGAGAUGCACGAGUGUCCCCAGGAAAGGAGACACCAUCAGUAACACACCCAACAACGAGUAAUAUGUCAUUCCAAACUGUGCCAUCAUCAGAAAGCUAUCCAACAAUGGCACAACUAUCAUUAACAACAAAGUCUUCAUCAGAACUAUAUCCCACAACAACACAGGUGUCUGCAGUAACACUGACUUCAUCAGGAACCCAAUCUACACAAAGAGAAUUGUCAUCAAUAACAUCGUCCUCAGCUGAAAACUAUUCAUCUGCACAGCCAUCAUGGCAGACUCCUUCUACACCAGAAUCUGGGACAUCAAUAUCAGAAUUCACAUCUGCAACUGAAUUUUCAUCAGAACUCCAUGGCGCCCAUGCCCAAAGAUCAUCAACAACUGAGACAUCUUCAGAAAUGUAUCCAACAACACAGACAUCAGCAGGAACAAUGUCUUCAUCAGAGACACAUCUAACAACUGGACAAAUAUCACUGGCAACGUCUUCAUCACUGAUCCAAUCAACACCACAAGGGUCAUUAGAAACUGCAUCCAGUUCAAUCACAGCACAAGUAGCGUCAAUAACUGGCUCCUCAAAAGAAACAGGUCAAGCAACUUCACAAGUAUCAUCAAUCACAAAUAAUUCAGCACUGACUGAACAAAGUAACUGGAUGACUGGAUUUUCAUCAGGCAGCAGGACAACAACAAAAAUAUUACCAAUAACAGAACCUUCAUCUGAAUUGUCCCCUGCUUCAACACAAAUGUCAGCAGUUACACCAAAUUCCUCAGAACCCCAUCCAGCCACAGUGAAACUAUCAUCAUAUACACCAGCCUCCUCAGAAACCUAUUCCUCAGCCCAGAGAAUAUCUAUAAAUUCUUCAACAUCAGAAACCAAUGCAACAACAGCAUAUGUCGCUUCCAUAACUGGGUCUUCUUCAGCAUCACAUCCAAUAGUGCCAGAAGCAUCUUCAAUCACUGAGACCACAUUACACACCA